AUGCAACUGCAAAAGAAUGCGACUCUUCCCGUCCUCGAGUUUGUCUGCAACCUGCGCUGGGUGCUGUCGUACGCCGUGCAGCGCCUUGAUCCCGUGGUGGAAGCGCACUAUUCAGACAUGAUUGCUCGUGCCAAGCAGGCAGAAUCUACCGUUUCACGUUCAUACGCCAUGGCGGGAACCAUCAUGGAGGUGCCAAGUGAGGCACUUGCUCUGGCGCGAGAAGGUGUGGUGUACCUUCUCGUUGCUGAGGGCGUGCUGGGGCAUUGUCCACCCACCAUGCACUCAUUUUUGCUGCGUGCCACGGCUCCGAUGAGCUCGGAUGAACUGAGUGACUCCGUGAGUUGUAGCAGCUACUCGGGUAUUUCACAGCUGCAUACAGGAAUGAGUGUGUGUCAGGCCCAAUUUCUUUGUGUGCGGUGGCUUAUUGUGGAGGGACUUUUGACAGAUGAGGAACUCCUGGACGCUCUAGGUGAGGAAGCUAGGGCCUCCAUUGAGGGACAGCAGAGUAGCUUUGAUAGACAUCUUUUCAUAGCAAAAAGCCUCUCAAGUGGAAGUCCCUUUGCUCUCAAUGCACAUCUCGUUUUCACUAGAGCUCUGUUGCUGCAUUAUUGCAGUACAGCUCUCUCCGUUGAUGGCAUUGUCGCACAUGUUCGCUUUUUGGAUCCGAUGUGCAAUGGAAAACUGCGUGGUAUGGAGGACGGCUUGUUGUUUUGGCUCGUCCACGUGCUCAAGGCUUUGCAGCGGACAAAAAAAGCAGAUGGUCGGCUUUGUGGCGCCGCUAUGAGCGAGCUCAGAGAUUCUUUUUAUCAGUCUGUUCGAAGCGGCGUAGUACUUGGGCUUGCUAUUCAUCUCUAUGAGCCGAAAGUUCUUCCCCUUAGUGCCAUUUUUGUGGGUGAUGACGUCGGUCCAAAAACUCUCUCACGGCAGCGUCGCCUUCAGAACUGGGGGACCCUAUUGCGCGUCUCAGAGGAGCUGGGUCUGCGCCCGGUUCUCUAUGCAGACGAAGUGGAGCGGUAUGGAGCUGUUGUGCUCCAGCUACACGUCCUUCGGUUUGUUGAGGAGUUGUUCGCAGUUCUUGCGACACAAGCGGAAGAUCUUGAAGAGCAUGGACGGAGCGACGGAGAGAUGUCACUCAAGCUGUCAGCGUCAUCACUAUACGGUGGAAUCAGUGAGUUCGACAGUGCAAAUGGCAGUGGUGACUUUCUGCCAAAGAGAAUGGUAGAAGGGAGUGGGGCGAAACUUGGGUGUCAUGGUAGUGCAAAUUACCCGCACGAAAACGAGAAGACUGCGACGCGGUUAUGCGAAAACGAGGGCCAUGAGAGGGAAGGAGCAGGGGAGCCAAAUUGUGAAACAUCAUUGUGUAGCAGAAGCAGUCUUCCAUCCGCUCACAGCCGACGGCAGUACGACGUUAUGAAGGCGAGCCUCCGGCUGCGUGGUGUGGUCAUUGGAGAGGACCCAUUAAAGUCAGAUUACAGUCCACAGAAGCCACGUGUGACGACGGUGCUGGCAGCCUCCUCUUCGAUGUUGAGCACUGCCGAGUCGUUUCCACAGAGGGUGAUUCCUCAGCGUCCCAUGGAGAGGGAUGUGACCCCGCUUGAAGCUUUCCCCAACGCUGAACUCCUAGACUCUCGUGAUGGUCAAUUGAAGGGGUAUAGGGAGUGCAAGAGUGUCAAAGGAAAAGUAACAGGCGCGACGGCGCCUUCAGAUACCUCCUUCACGACCAAUGGUCAUAGUACCACUCCCACUUCUGCCGCCAUCCGCAGUAGCGAGUACCCUUCUUCGGUGCCGGUUGUGAUGGCCGUGAAGGGGGCUAACACUCGAUACACAAGUGUGCCGUUAUCGUGUGAGAAAGUGAUACCCUUAGUUAGCGACGCGGUGGAUUCCAGACACAGUGUCAAAGUAGGAGCAUCAUGCACAACGACCGAGAGCUCCUUCGCUGUCAACUCAAUCAGGAAGCCAGGUACCCCGUUCGUCGGCAGCGACGAAGAAGGGAUAGCCGCCAUACCAAAGACUUCGUCGGGGCUUCGCUCGUCGGUGCUGAAGCAUGCGGAUUCGGAUAGCCAAGGCAUAUCUCCCAUAACACCAGACAUUAUGACAGAUCAAAGUGCGCCGCUAAUGCAAAUGAAGAAGGAGCCAUCUAGGAGCCCGUCUUAUAGUUCCUCAAAAAGGCAGAACUCGCAGCGAGACUCCGUGGCAUUCGGCGGCAGUGAGGCGGGCAAGCGUGAGGUGUUCAUGCAGCUGGACCCCGCCAUCUACACAGAGACCGGUAAUCGUCAGACUCUCAUGUGGGCCUUGGAGCAGCAGCAGACAGUGAUCCAGCACUUAGCCAGGAGACUUUUGGAGAUGAAGACGGAUGACCCUCAGCGGUGUGAUGGCGUCAGAUCGCUGACACAUGAUGAACUGAGCAGCUUUAACCAGACGCCGAAUUCGAUGCAGCUGCACCGCCUCAGUGAAAUGGACCGUGACACAGAUGACAGCGGGCAACGCGCGGAGACGGAUGUUUCAUCUGUGCCCGACGACAUCAUUAACGGUGAUGAGUCUUUCUUCGAUGGCUGA